AAGAAAUACUAGUAUAAUCAAAACCUCAUGCACAAGUCGACAAUUUUUUAAGCUUCAAAGAAGGAAUGCAAGUGGUGGCCACGGAGAUCAUGGUCAUCACGAGCCUGAAUGGAACGAACCUUCUGGUUAUUUGUUUGGCGAGAAGCCACUCCCACCAGGUCAAAAACGUGUAAAAGAAGAUUGGGAAAAUAUUUGGUAUUUUGGAAUGGGAGGAUGUCUUCUACUAGGUAUUGUUAUUGCCAUAUAUAAACCCGAUACCAGUAUACAAUCCUGGGCUUUGAAAGAAGCUGAAAAACGAUUAAAGGAACGUAAUGUCUCUCUAGACUAUCCUAAAACCGAAAGGAAGUG